ACAAUUGGAUUGAAGGGCUUAACGCCUGUCAAAACUCUAAGUACUGCGCUUCGAGGGAAAAAUGUCAGAGGCAGAGGUCGCACUUUUUAUCUUCACUCUCAUCCGCGGAUGGACUCGAGUGUACCGCUCGUCGCAGACAUCGACCAGAUGCACCACCGGCCCAGCAUCCGGUUAUCAAACUGACUCAAAAGUUCGCCAUAAGGUGCAGCGAUCUAAAAGCGGGUGCAUGGCGGGACGGCCGUGGCGUGUUGGCUUCCGGCUUGCAGGAUGCUAUAUGUAUUCCGAAGGUACACGAAUUACUGUAUAUGCUACAUUGAAGAGAUGGGAUGGUAGGAGUAAUCUGUUAAGGGGAAGGGUGGCAAUGAAGGCACCGAGAAGAGAACGCACACCAUUAUUUGAUUACGGCGUGGAGAAAGGCGUGGCUAUGAGGGCUAUGAUAAGAUUUAGUCAGAUGCCAAGAAAGGGAGACGAAUGCUGCGUACGUCUUCAUGGCGAGCUGGUGGAGGCACUGAAUGCGAAUUCCCAAGGCUAUGGCCAUUCAUUGCCGGAGGGGGUGUCACUGGCACUGGCAUCUGUAUCUGAAUCUCUUCCUGAGCUGCAGCAUCCAUGA